AUGACGAGCUCCGUGGCACCCUACGAGCAGCUGGUGCGGCAGGUGGAGGCCUUGAAGGCCGAGAACAGCCACCUGAGGCAGGAGCUUCGAGACAACUCGAGCCACCUGUCCAAGCUAGAGACGGAGACAUCCGGCAUGAAGGAGGUCCUGAAGCACUUACAAGGCAAGCUGGAGCAGGAGGCCGGGGUGCUGGUGUCCUUGGGGCAGACUGAGGUGCUGGAGCAGCUGAAAGCCCUGCAGAUGGACAUCACCAGCCUGUACAACCUCAAGUUCCAGCCCCCGGCCCUCGGCCCUGAGCCCACUGGCCGGACCCCCGACGGGAGUCCAGUACACGGCUCUGGGCCCUCGAAGGACAGCUUUGGGGAGCUGAGCCGGGCGACCAUCCGGCUGCUGGAGGAACUGGACCGGGAAAGGUGCUUCCUGCUGAACGAGAUCGAGAAGGAGGAGAAGGAGAAGCUCUGGUAUUACUCACAGCUGCAGGGCCUGUCCAAGCGCCUGGACGAGCUCCCGCACGUGGAGACGCAGUUCUCGAUGCAGAUGGACCUGAUCCGGCAGCAGCUGGAGUUCGAGGCCCAGCACAUCCGCUCGCUGAUGGAGGAGCGCUUCGGCACCUCGGACGAGAUGGUGCAGCGCGCGCAGAUCCGCGCUUCUCGCUUGGAGCAAAUCGAUCAGGAACUGAUGUCGGCACAGGACCGGGUGCAACAGACCGAGCCCCAGGCCCUGCUGGCGGUGAAGUCGGUGCCGGUGGACGAGGAUCCAGAGACUGAGGUCCCCACGCACCCUGAGGAUGGCGUCCCUCAGCCAGGCAACAGCAAGGUUGAGGUGGUCUUCUGGCUGCUGUCCAUGCUGGCAACGCGGGACCAAGAGGACACGGCGCGCACCCUGCUGGCGAUGUCCAGCUCGCCGGAGAGCUGCGUGGCCAUGCGCCGCUCGGGGUGCCUGCCGCUGCUGCUGCAGAUCCUGCACGGCACCGAGGCUGGCGCCGGGGGUCGCAGCGGAGCCCCCGGGGCGCCGGGAGCCAAGGACGCACGCAUGCGCGCCAACGCGGCGCUGCACAACAUUGUCUUCUCGCAGCCCGACCAGGGCCUGGCGCGCAAGGAGAUGCGCGUCCUGCACGUGCUGGAGCAGAUCCGGGCCUACUGCGAGACCUGCUGGGACUGGCUGCGGGCGGGCGGCGGCGCCGAGGCGGCCGCUCCCGGCCCCAUUGAGCCCCAGAUCUGCCAGGCCACCUGUGCCGUGAUGAAGCUGUCUUUUGAUGAGGAAUACCGCCGAGCCAUGAACGAGCUGGGCGGACUGCAGGCCGUGGCGGAGCUACUGCAGGUUGACUACGAGAUGCACAGGAUGACCCGGGACCCGCUGAACCUCGCCCUGCGCCGAUACGCCGGCAUGACCCUCACCAACCUCACCUUUGGGGACGUCGCCAACAAGGCCACACUGUGUGCCCGCCGGGGCUGCAUGGAGGCCAUCGUGGCCCAGCUGGCUUCGGAGAGCGAGGAGCUCCACCAGGUGGUGUCCAGCAUCCUGCGCAACCUGUCCUGGCGAGCGGACAUUAACAGCAAGAAGGUGCUGAGGGAGGUGGGCAGCAUGACGGCCCUGAUGCAGUGUGUCCUUCGAGCCUCCAAGGAGUCCACCCUGAAGAGCGUCCUGAGCGCCCUGUGGAACCUGUCGGCGCACAGCACGGAGAACAAGGCGGCCAUCUGCCAGGUGGAUGGCGCCCUGGGCUUCCUGGUGAGCACGCUGACCUACAAGUGCCAGAGCAACUCCCUGGCCAUCAUUGAGAGCGGGGGCGGCAUCCUACGCAACGUGUCCAGCCUCAUCGCCACGCGGGAGGACUACAGGCAGGUGCUGCGGGACCACAACUGUCUGCAGACACUGCUGCAGCACCUGACCUCCCACAGCCUGACCAUCGUGAGCAACGCGUGCGGCACGCUCUGGAACCUGUCGGCCCGCAGCGCCCGCGACCAGGAGCUGCUCUGGGACCUGGGGGCCGUGGGCAUGCUGCGCAACCUGGUGCACUCCAAGCACAAGAUGAUCGCCAUGGGCAGCGCCGCGGCCCUGCGCAACCUGCUGGCCCACCGGCCCGCCAAGUACCAGGCGACGGCCACCGCCGUGUCCCCCGGCGCGUGCGCGCCCAGCCUGUACGUGAGGAAGCAGCGGGCGCUGGAGGCCGAGCUGGACACGCGGCACCUGGUGCAGGCGCUCGACCGCCUGGAGAAGCAGGGCCUGCCCGAGGCCGCGGCCGCCUCCAAGAAGCCGCCGGCGCCCCUGCGGCACCUGGACGGGCUGGCCCGGGACUACGCCUCAGACUCCGGCUGCUUCGACGACGACGAGGCGCCCUCCCUGGCUGCCGCCGCCUCCGCCGCCGAGCCUGCCAGCCCCGCCGUGCUGUCUCUCUUCCUGGGCAGCCCCUUCCUGCAGGGACAGGCGCUGGCCCGCGCCCCGCCUGCCCGCCGCGAUGGCCCGGAGGCUGACAAGGAGGCCGGCGGGGAGGCGGCCGUGGCGGCCAGGGCCAAGGCCAAGCUGGCGCUGGCGGUGGCGAGGAUCGACCGGCUGGUGGAGGACAUCUCGGCCCUGCACACCUCCUCUGAUGACAGCUUCAGCCUCAGCUCCGGGGACCCGGGGCAGGAGGCGCCGCGGGAAGGCCGAGCCCAGUCCUGCUCCCCUUGCCGGCGGCCCGAGGGCAGGAGGCAGGAGGCUGGCGGCCGCGCCCACCCGCUGCUGCGGCUCCAGGCCGCCCACGCCAGCCUCUCCAACGACAGUCUCAACAGCGGCAGCACGGGCGACGGGCGCUGUCCCCGAGAGCACACGAGGCCCUCCCUGCUGGCCGUGCUGGCCGAGCACCAGGAGGGGUCCCCGUGCAGCCAGGCGCGGCCCAGCCGCCUGGACCUCAGCCUGCCCGGCAGCCGGGAGCCGGCCGUGGGGGACGGCUCGGCGGCCGACGCCUGCGUGCGCACCAUCAAGCUGUCGCCCACCUACCAGCACGUGCCACUCUUCGAGGCCAACCCCAGGGCGGGCGCUGGGAAGCAGGCCUGGCUGCCCACGGAGGGCCUGAGCAGGGUGCCCGCGAAGCCGGCGGCGGAGACGGCGCCGCGCCCCCUGUCGCGCUGCAGCUCGCUGUCCUCGCUGUCCUCGGCCGGCCGCCCGGGCCCCAGCGAGGCCGGGGACCUGGACAGCGACUCGUCCCUGGAGGGGCUGGAGGAGGCAGGGCCCGGCAGGGCAGAGCUGGGCGGAGCCUGGCUCGGGCCCGGGGCCGCCUCCCUGCCCGUGGCCAUCCCGGCGCCGCAGCGGGGCCGCAGCCUGGGGGCCGAGGACGCCACACCGUCCAGCUCCUCGGAGAACUGCGUGCAGGAGACGCCCCUGGUGCUGAGUCGCUGCAGCUCUGUGAGCUCCUUGAGCAGUUUCGAGAGCCCGUCCAUCGCCAGCUCCGUCCCCAGUGACCCGUGCAGCGGGCUGGGCAGCGGCACGGUCAGCCCCAGCGAGCUGCCCGACAGCCCCGGGCAGACCAUGCCGCCCAGCCGCAGCAAGACGCCCCCGCUGGCCCCUGCGCCCCCGGGCGAGCGCGAGAGCACCCAGUUCAGUCUGCAGUGGGAGAGCUACGUGAAGCGGUUCCUGGACAUCGCCGACCGCCGGGAGCGCUGCCGGCUGCCGUCGGAGCUGGAUGCGGGCAGCGUCCGCUUCACGGUGGAGAAGCCAGAUGAGAACUUCUCGUGCGCCUCGAGCCUCAGCGCGCUGGCUCUGCACGAGCACUAUGUGCAGAAAGACGUGGAACUGCGGCUGCUGCCCCCCGCCUGCCCAGAUCGCAGCGGCGGAGGCGCCCGCCGGCGGGACGAGGCUGGGGGCUGCCUGGAGGGGCCGGCAGCCGCCGACCAGGAGCUGCAGCUGCUGCGCGAGUGCCUGGGGGCCGCCGUGCCCGCCCGGCUCCGCAAGGUGGCCUCGGCCCUGGUGCCAGGCCGCCGCGCACUGCCUGUGCCCGUGUACAUGCUGGUGCCCACUCCCACCAGGGGGGACGACUCAUGCACCGACUCAGCCGAGGGCACACCGGUCACCUUCUCCAGUGCCACCUCGCUCAGCGACGAGACGCUGCAGGGACCCCCCAGGGACCCGCCGGCCGGGCAUGCAGACAGCCAGAAGACUGCAGGUCGGGAGGCCCCUGCCAGGCAGGCCACCGGGCAUCAGCACAGGGCGUGGGGCGUGGGCCGGAGCACAGAGCAGGCCCGGGGGGCGGGCACUUGCCGGGCAGGGCUGGAGCUGCCCCUCCACCGGCCCUCGAGCACCUGCACGGACAAGGACAGUUCCCGGCCUGGCCAGGCACGCGGGGAUGGGGCACUGCAGUCGCUGUGUCUCACGACGCCCACCGAGGAGGCCGUGUACUGCUUCUACGACAACGACUCAGAUGAAGAGCCAGCGGAGGCCGUGGCGCCCCCGAGGCGGGCGUCCGCCAUCCCGCGUGCAGUGAAGAGAGAGCACCCACCUGGCAGGAAGGAUGUGCAGGCCCCGCCCAAGGCCCCGCCCAAGGCCCCGCCUGCCGCCUGCGCCCAGCCCAGCCUCAUCGCCGAUGAGACUCCACCUUGCUAUUCCCUGAGCUCCUCCGCCAGCUCCCUCAGCGAGCCUGAGCCCCCUGAGCGCCUGGCCAGCCGACCCCGUGCUCCCGAGCCAGCUGUCGCCAAGGUCCUGGGCCCGGGGAGCGGGUGCAACGGCGCCCCCAGCCCGCGGGCGGGGCCGGGGCUGCUCCGACGCUGUGUCGGCUCGGCAGUGCCUGGGCGCCGGCUCCAGGCGUCAGGCCCUCGGCGCCGCAAGCCGCAGGCUGCCCGGCCAGACAAGCGGCCAGCAGAGCGGCCCCCGGAGUGCAGUGACGAGGCGGCAGGCUCAGACCAGGCCUCCGACCUGGACAGCGUCGAGUGGCGCGCCAUCCAAGAGGGCGCCAACUCCAUUGUCACGUGGCUGCACCAGGCAGCAGCUGCGGCGCACGAGACCUCCUCUGGCUCUGACUCCAUCCUGUCCGAGCCGGGGCUGUCCGGCUCCACCCUGCAGCCGCCGAUGCACAGGAAGGGACAGCGGCUGCAGGCCAGGGUCCAGGCGCGCAGUGCUGAGAGGCCGAGGCUGGAGAAACGGGACUCAACCCUGGCCCAGCACGGAACCAGUGGCCCGGAUAGGCUUCGUGGUGCUCAGAAGACGGCGUGCAGGGUGGGGGCCGUGCUCCGGGGACGGACUGUGAUCUAUGUGCCCAGCCCAGCCCCCCGGGCACAGUCCAGAGGCAACCCCAGCACCCGUGUGGCACCGAAAAAGAUGGGAGCCCCAAGUCCCACGCAGCCAGCAGCCCCAGCCAAAGCCCCCAGCCCAGGGCAGCCGCGGUCUCGCAGCCUGCACCGGCCAGGCAAGAUCUCGGAGCUGGCGGCGCCGAGCCCCCCACAGCGGAGCGCCACGCCGCCUGCCCGCCUGGCCAAGGCCCCCUCAUCCGGCUCCUCCCCAGCCUCCCCUGCCUCCCAACCCCCGCCCAGGAGGCCACCCCCGGGCGCCCAGGCUGCAGGGCCGCUUCCUGGUCCCGGGGCGUCUUUGGUGCCCCAGACGCCCGCACGGGCCCUGCUGUCCAGGCAGCACAAGACCCAGAAGUCACCUGUUCGGAUCCCCUUCAUGCAGAGGCCAGUCAGGCGGGCUCCGACACCUCUAGCCAGGGCAGCCCCGGAGCCGGGCCCCAGGGGCCGGGCAGGGACCGAAGGAAGCCUGGGUGCCCGAGGAGGCCGCCUGGGCCUGGUACGGGUGGCCUCCACCCGCUCCAGUGGCAGCGAGUCCUCUGACCGCUCCGGUUUCCGGCGGCAGCUGACCUUCGUCAAGGAGUCAGCAGGCCUGCCCCGUCGCCGCCGUUCAGAAGUGUCUGUGCCUGAGACCUCGACCGCCACCUCCCAGGGCGGCUCACCCCGGCGCGGUCGGCCCGCCUUGCCCGCAGUCUUCUUGUGCUCCUCGCGCUGCGACGAGCUGCGGGCGGCCCCCAGGCGACCCCCUGCAGCCCGGCCUGACCCCGGCGAGCGGCCGACUCGGCGCCCCAGCUCCGAGAGCCCGUCCCACCUGCCCGUCCGCACACCAGCCGCCCGGCCCGAGGCCGUCAAGCGCUACGCAUCCCUGCCACACAUUAGCGCGGCACCAGCGCCCACGGCUGAUGCCGCCCGCCGCAGCAGCGACGGGGAGGCCCGGCCACUGCCCAGGGUGGCGGCCCCAGGCACCACGUGGCGUCGCAUCCGGGACGAGGACGUUCCGCACAUCCUUCGGAGCACACUGCCCGCCACUGCCCUGCCCCUGAUGGGCGCCUCGCCCGAGGAGGGUCCCAGCGGCCCCCCGCAGCGCAAGACCAGCGACGCUGUGGUCCAGACAGAAGACUUCGUUGCCACUAAGACCAACUCCAGCACGUCUCCAAGCCUGGAGAGCAGGGGGCCGCCCCAGGUCCCGGGCAGCAGCCCCACCUCAUUCCCCGGCAGCGAUGUGGAUGGGCCCUGCCCCUCCAAGGUGCCCACCUCUGCCCCCUUUGUCCACGAGGGCCUGGGGGUGGCCGUGGGAGGCUUUCCCACCAGUCGGCACGGCUCCCCCAGCCGCGCGGCCCGCGUGCCCCCCUUCAACUACGUGCCCAGCCCCAUGGUGGCAGCCACCACUGACUUGGCCGCGGAGAAGGCCCCCACCGCUGCCCCCGCCAGCCUCCUGGAAUAGGGGCCGUGGCCGGCCUCCUAGAACAUCCUCUCCUGGCCAAGGUCUGGCCUGGCUGCCCAGGGGGUGGUCCCAAGGUCCAUCUGCCCACCAGAGCCCCUGCCCUUGGAGCUCCCCUGCAGCCCGAAUGGGCCUCACAUCUCACGCACAGAUGCUUGCUCCGUGUCGCGGGGGCUCUGGGAGGAAGUGGAGCCCAGGCUGGACCUCCAGUCCCAACCGGGUCCCCAUGCAGAGACCAAUCCUCCCAGCUCGGGCUGCCCUCAGCAGCGCGCUCCACAGCCCCAAGCUCCAGCAAGACCCUCUCGUUUUGGGAGGUGCAAGGAGGUGGCACCCCACUCCGGAUGAGGGACAGGGUGGGGAGGGUGGCCCCAUCAAGCAGGCGCCUGCCAGCUGGGGGCCUCGGUGCCAGCGUGCGCCAGGGUGAAGCCUGUAAUGUUGGAGGCCCCGUAAUUGGUUAAUGAUGGCUUUGCGGGUUUGUUUGCCUCCUCAGCCCCGGCUGGGGAGUGUGGGGGCGGGAGUGGUGGAGCCCCAGACAGAGCCCGGGGCGCCCGCGGCUGUCGCAGGGCAGGGGCGGGCUGCUGGGCGGCCUGGAAUUGCAGGGAGAGACGGGUGUGCAGAAGACAGGGACAGUCAACGGUGUGGUCAGACAGCCUGGCUGGGGGGACGCGAUGGCUGCCAGCCUGGGGACGGGGACGCUGGAAGGGGGCGCAACUGCAGCCGGCGGGAGGAAGCGUGUAGAGGACGUCCCCGGAGGCGACCGCCCUGCUUUUCCAUCCCAUCCUCCUCCGUGGCGCACAAAGUGCUGGGCUCAUGGGCUCGCCGCCAGGGACAGCACAGCUGCAGGAGAUGCCGGCUGUGGGGGGUCACAUGGGGGACAGCGAUCCCCGAGGCCUCGCUUCUCCCCCCAUCGUGUGCAGCUCAGUGUCCCCAGGUGUGCGUUUGUUCAGGCUCAGCCCCCGGGACGCUGCCUCGCAGGGAGAGCCGACGACCUCUUCCUGCGGCACGUGGGCUGCGCGGAGAGCGCCCCCUGGCAAACAGAUCCGCUGUGACAGCCGCCCCGCCAGAGCACCACUCCCGGCGCGGACAGAUGCCAUUUGGGGAGACAGUGGGGAGACAGUGCAGCCACCGUGAAGUCCCUUCUAUGAAGCACAGUGGAGAGCCCCCACCCGACAGCACCACUGACCCUCCCCGUCACCCAGAAGUUUCUGCAGUGGCUCACCGUCCUCAGCUGGGGAGCCCUCAAGAGACCCUGACGCCAUACCCGCUGCUGCAUCGCACCCCCAGAUGCCCCGUGCCGUGGGACGGGAGCCGGGCCCGCCUGAGCGGGGAUGGCGGCUGAGCAUGCGCAAGGCCGCGGCCGCCCCUCGGGACCCACAGGCAUAUCGGACACCUCUCAGAGACCGCCAGUCCCUGUCCCCACUGUAGCCUGCGGGGCCCCCGGCUCCUUUGUGGAUUUGGGGACUGCCCGGUAUCACCUGUGCUCACAGUCCCCAUGGGACAGGCUUUCCCAACGCGGGCUGCUGGGAGGGAAGAGGCAGAGACCCACCACCAGCUCGUCCAGCCACGGGCCCAGGGCUUCGAGCAAGCACGCACCGUGAGACCCUGGGCUCUGCUUUCGCCGCUCUGUGCCUCAGUCUCCCCACGUGGGCCGCGGGGAGAACUCCCAGAGCUACCUCUCGGGCGAGUGGAGAGACCGCCGUGGCUGGGGGAGACCUGUGCUUCGGGGCCCUCCCUCGCUGCCGCCCCUGGGCUGCCUCUCCCGCAGCUCCCCGAGGGCCAGCACACAGGAGCUCCCUCCCACGCGUGCCCGGCAGCCACGUUUGCCUUUUCCACCCCCCCUGCGCCGGGGGCGCAGCUGCGCCUCAUCCUCCAGCCUGGGCGGGUAGCAGGCGCCCUGGAGGCGCCGGCUGGCGGUCACCAGACAAUCACCCUGAGUCGAGGGCUGAAGACCUAAGGUCUGAGGACCCAAAGGGCCAACCCAGCCACCCGCCAAAGGAACACGUCAAGGACCUAUCCGCCUCUAGGGCGCUCUUGGGGCAAGCCCAAGGGGGACACCUGUGACCCCACGCCGUGACUUCAGGGCCAGGGCCGGACGGACACACCCGCUGCCCCAGGAGGCCGGCGGCCACAGUGCCCCACAGCCCGAGCCUGGCUGUCCUGGCCCAAACCUCGCAUCCCCGUCCCGCGUCUCUGCAGCACCACAGGACACGUGUAAAUACACCCAUCUGCCCCCACUAACCACACCGCCGGCAUCUGGCGGGAGGAAGGCGCGGAAGCAGGCGUCUCACAUGCACCUUUAAUAAACACAGCUGUCGAAUCGCA